CCCCCGUGGUCAUCCCGCUGGUUCUGCACAACCUCGCCAACAGAGAAACGGACGUGUCGCUCAAUCCACACACAACUCGGAGAAGCCCUAAUUGAUAAAAAAAAGGCCAAGGGAAAAAUUGCAUCCGUCGCCACAAACCAUGGACAUGUCCAUUGAUUACGAUCAACGCAGUUUAUUCGAGGACGCCCUCAAAAAAGCUGAAGCUACCUACGCCAAAAACCCUCUCGAUGCCGAGAACUUGACUAGAUGGGGAGGAGUGCUGCUGGAGUUAUCUCAGUAUCAGGAGGGUCCAAAAUGCAAAGAUAUGGUUCAACUCGCUAUUGAUAAGCUGGAGGAGGCAGUUAUGGUCAACCAUAACAAUGCCAAUGCUCUCUGGUGCCUUGGAAAUGCAUACACAUCGAAUGCAUUCCUAAUCCAAGAUUUUGAUGAGGCUAAGGACUACUUUGAAAAGGCAACCCUAUACUUUGAGCAAGCAUUCGAACUGGAACCAAAAAAUGACCUUUAUAGGAAAUCUGUGGAAAUGUCUUCCAAGGCUCCUGAGUUACAUGUGGAGAUCCACAAGCAUGGUUUGGGUCAGCAGGCUAUGGAUGCAGAACCUUCAUUAUCUAUUGGAACUAAGCAGAGCUCAAAGAGGAGCAGAAGCAGUGACCUCAAAUAUGACAUUUUUGGAUGGGUAAUCUUAGCAGUUGGCAUCUUUGCAUGGGUAGGCUUCGCAAAGUCGAACGUUCCUCCACCUCCUCCUAGAUAAAGCUAAAACGACGGCAUCUGCUUUGGCGUAAGUUGUUGGCUGCCAAAGAACUAUCCCUUGGUAGUUAGUUGUGUGCCUGAAAUAACUUUUUUUAUCGGAUUAAUUUUUGGGUAGAGCCUUUUCGUUGAUGUUACCAAUAAUGUUAACGUUCUUUUCGGUGACUUCUUUAUUAUUUGUUCUUGAGGUUCUUGAUGCUGUUUCCUAUUAUUCUCUCACCACACCUUUUCUAGCCUGGCUUGUUUAUUAUACUCUUGUGUUUGAAGAUAUUGUCCACUUCUUUGCACUGGCAAACAGUUGUGAUAUGUACCUGAUGUGGUGUUUAAUUUCUUGAUACAUUAUCAUUUUAGGUUGGCCAGUGUGAAAUUUUUGGCUCUGGAACCACAUUAGGCAUUUGCAAUUUGUAGGUGCAGAAUGGUUAGCAAUGCUUUGUUGUUAUACUGCUGCUGUUUGUUUACC